AUUGCCGUAGCAGGUGAAUGACACGAUGACCUGGCGCAGUUUGCAGUUGGGACGAUGGCACGGAGAGGUGCGAAUGGCGCCGACGGCGACGGCUACGUCCGCCUGCACUCCCCGACGACGGUGGAUCGUACGUCUAAAGAUGCACCUGCAGAGACUCCGUGGCGUGAUUUGCCCAACCCGAUGGGGACGGCCAACUGGUUGAGCACAUUCGUCAUUUUUUGGAUGGAAUCGAUCAUGCGCCGCGGUGCAAUCCAGACCCUGAUGGAGGACGACGUGUGGAAGCUAUGCCCUGAAGAUACGUCUGCAGCACUCCACGAGCGCUUUGACCAGUUCUGGCAGCAAGAGAAGCUGCUGCCCAAGCCGAGUUUCGCCAAAGCCAUGAUGCGAACCAUGCGUUCCCAAUGGACGUUCAACGUUGCAUUGUACGCGCUGUACGCGGCGCUCAUGCUUGUCCAACCCACCAUCAUCAAAUCACUUCUUCAGUUCCUCAAGACGGACGAGGACAAGGUUGCCGACACAGCGCUCGGAAUCUCGUCCGGGUACGCCCUCGCGGCGGUGCUCACAAUUCACUCGUUCUUUUCCGUUACGAUCAUCGACUUCGGCCAGUACGUGUCAUCCAACUUAGGCGUGAAUGCAAAAUCGAUUGUGAUGGACUCGGUCUACCUCAAGUCGCUCAAGCUGUCUGGUUUCGCCAAGCGGAGCAUGUCGUCGGGCGAGAUCGUCACGAUGUCGUCUGUCGACUCGGAACGCUUGUUCCAAGGGUUCCUACUUGGUCCUUGGGUUCUAGUGGCACCUGUGACUGUGCUGGCCAUCUUUAUCAUGAUCGGAUUUGACCUGGGCGCGGUGGCCGGCGCAGUCGGGGGCGUCGUCAUGGCUGUCCUGCUCUACACGGGGUACACUACGUCGACGGCGGUGGGAGCCGUGCGCCGCGAGAUACUCACCGUGCAGUCAGAGCGCGUGAAACUCACCAACGAAAUCCUCCAAGGCGUGCGUGUUGUCAAGUUGUAUGCAUGGGAAGACCCUCUGGAGGCCCGCAUCGAGGCGAUUCGAAACCAAGAGCUCCUCCUCCUCAAAAAGUACCAGUACGUGCGGGUCCUCAAUACGGUCACGCUCUCCAUCGCGCCAAUUCUGUCGCUCGUGCUGUGUUUGGCCGUGUUUGUUGCGCAGGGCAACGAACUCAAGCCAGCUAUCGCAUUCACUGCUCUCGCCUACAUGAACGUGGCUCGCUUACCAUGCACAGUCUUCUCCAGUUCGAUCAUGUUCGCGUCCGAGGCAUUCGCAUCAUGCGCUCGCGUGGGAAAGUUCCUCUUGGCUGACGAAAUCGCAGACGUCCCCCAACUCUCAAACGGUCCGGCUGAUUCGGCCGUGGUCGAGCUGACCAACGGCAAUUUCAGCUGGAACGUCGAUCCGUCGGCCACAGGAGACAACAAGUCCACGACACCAUCGAUGACCUUAAAGGACAUCACGUUGACGCUUGUCCCGAAGACCCUGACCAUCGUGGUCGGUCCCGUCGGCAGCGGUAAGUCCAGCCUCGUCAGCGCCAUCUUGGGCGAAAUCCACCAAGUCAGCGGCACCCGCACCGUCGCCGGACGCGUCGCGUACGCCAAUCAAGAAGCGUGGAUCCAGCACGCCACACUCCAAAACAACAUCCUGUUCACCGCCGACAUGCACGCCGACAAGUACGACCGAGUGCUGUCGGCAUGCCAGCUCAAGCCGGACCUGGCCAUGCUGCCGGACGGCGACCAGACCGAGAUCGGCGAGCGAGGCAUCAAUUUGAGCGGCGGCCAGAAGGCCCGCGUGAGUCUGGCCCGAGCCAUGUACCGGUCGGACGCCGCCGACCUCAUCCUGCUGGACGACCCGUUGAGUGCGCUGGACGUCCACGUGGCCGGCGCGGUGUUCCGGGAGUGCGUGCAAGGGAUGCUGCAGGACAAGACGGUCGUGCUGGUGUUGAACAGCCACUACCACUUCCUCCCCCUCGCGGAUCGCGUGGUCGUGAUGGAGGACGGCGCGAUCGUUGGCGACGGCUCGUUCGACUCCAUCAAGGACGCCUUUCCCCACUUGAUCAGCUUCUCCGACGGGGCGCAGCAUGACUCGACUGAUACUGAGAUCGCCACGAUAUCCGUACUAGCGGCCGCUUCCAAGGAAGAAAAGGCCAAAGACAGUGACGCCAAGGGUGACGGCGCUUUGGUCCAGAAGGAAGACCGCAAGAUGGGCGGUGUGUCCUCAAGCUUGUACUUGACGUAUCUGCGGUCGACGGGGUGGAACGGAGCGUUCGUGGCCGCAACCAUCGUCGUCGCGUUCACGGUGUCUCAAACGGCGGUCGUCAUGACGGACUGGUUCAUGGGGUAUUGGUCUAGCCACCCUGGCAGCAACGUGACGUCGGUCGUGCUCUACGUGGUGCUGGCCCUGGUGUCGAUGGCGCUCGUGUGGGGUCGCAGUGUGUACGUCCUGUUUUUGAGUGUCCUGUGCUCCAAGGCCCUCCACGAGAAGCUCUUUCGAAAGGUCAUACACGCCCCGGUCACCACCUUCUUCGACGUGACCCCCGUUGGCCGCAUCCUGAAUCGGUUCUCGAGCGACUUGGACCAAGUCGACAGCAUCCUUCCGUUCUUCGGCGUGCUUUUCCUUCAGUUUGGCUUUCAAAUCGCUGCCGUCGUCGUUGUCUGCGCCGCCACGUCCCCGUUCAUCUUGAUCGUGUACGUGCCGCUGGUGUAUCUGUUCCAUAAGGUGCAAGUGUACUUUUUGCUGACGUCGUCCGAGCUCAAGCGCCUCGAGAGCAUCUCGCGAACGCCCGUGAUCAACCUCAUUUCGGAGACCAUCAACGGCCUCUCGACCAUUCGCGCGUUCGGCAUGACGGGGGCCUUCGCGACCAAGAGCCGCGACAUUCUCGACCACAACCAGAGCUACUUUAUGAUCUACCGCAUUUCGUCGAGGUGGCUGCAGAUGCGCCUCGACUGGCUCUCGGCCGCCAUCCUCGCCGGCGUCUCCUUCAUCACGCGCCAGUUGGUGUGCAUCGCGCGCGCGCUCCUGCGUCGGAGUCGGGUCGUCGUGCUGGACGAGGCGACGGCCAACAUCGACUUGGAGUCUGACCGUCUCAUCCAAAACACGAUCAAGGACUGUUUCGACGGCGUCACCAUGUUGGUUAUCGCGCACCGCCUCGACACGAUCCUCGACAGCGACCGCAUCUUAGUCAUGGACUAUGGCAGCGUCGUCGAAUACGACACGCCCGGCGCUCUCUUGUCGACUGAAGGCGGGGCGUUCGCUCAGCUUGCGUCACAAGCUCGGCUAGCUCCCUCUCACGAGCUGUAG